AAAAGACUGUAGUUUGUAAAAUUGUAAAUCAAAUCUAUAUCUUAAAAUUUGAAUUUUGCAAUAAUAAUGGUUGUUUUACCUACUCCAAUAUGAUUUAAAUGAAAAAAACAACAAAAUGCGCUGGAACGAAAAUGUUACUGUGGACUUUGUCAAAGUUUACUUGAAAAAUGAAUGCCUAUGGAAACCGAAUCACCCAGAUUACAAGUGCAGGGUUCGUAGGAUACAAGCAUACGAAGAUAUAGCUGCUGACUUUAAAGCAUCUACAAAUAUAUUAUUAACAAUACCUGAAAUCAAAAUGAAAAUAAAGAAUCUCAGGUCAACAUACAUGCAGGAGGUUCAUAAAAUUUUACAAAAGUCUACUCCAAAAUAUAUUUACGUGCCAUCUCUUGUAUGGUUUGAGGAAAUGGAUAAAUGUUUAAAGAAUAUUAUUUCCGUAAAUCGUGUAACCUCAAACCAAACUAUGUUAGCCAACAAUAUUAUGCCAGAGGAAACUUCUGAAGUAGAUUCAUCAUGCAACAUUUGGGGGGAUCAGGCUGAUGACAGUUUUUAUGAAGAAAACCCAGACCCAUUGGUGCCCCAGCCAGAUGAAGGGUUCCAGCCUAAAUUAGAAGAAAGCAGCCCAGAGAAGUCACCAGUACCACAUAAAAAAUUGAAAAAGAAAAAACACAAAUUUAGACAGUUACCACCAGAAAAGAAAUAUGAAUCAUUUACAAAUGAAGAUGAGUUUGAUAUAUUUGGGAAAUAUAUUGCCUCUCAGUUAAGAACAAUGCAUCUUCAGAAGGCUUUACGCUUAAAACUUGAGAUUCAUAGCAUAGUUAAUGAUGCCAGAAUAUCAGAUAUGAGUGAUUAAGUGAAUGUAUUUAUAUAUUCUGUAGAUAAUAUGUGUGUAGAAACAUGUUUCAGUGUGAUUAGUAGGAUUAAUUUAAAAUUAUGUUAAUGUGCAAGUAUAAAUCAUUUUAAUAAUCUG